AAUGUAAUGUUUAGAAUGGAUAUGUCUGGUGCCAAUUUUCUGUUUUCUAGGGAAAAAUAUCAUAUUAUCGAGAAAACUAUUGUAACGGAUUUCGCUCUACCAACUACAUCUGAGGUACUAAAGUCAUUGUCGACACUCAUUGCCACAGGAAAUCCAAUGUCUGCUGGUAGUCCCACAGCAAAGAAAGCUCGAGUAGACAUGAAGAUUGGCACACAUAAUGGCUCUUUCCAUUGUGAUGAGGUGUUAGCAUGUUUCCUCCUGAGACAACUCCCAAAGUAUAAAGAUGCACAGAUUACAAGAACUCGUGACCCUGCUGUACUGGACACAUGUGAUAUCGUGGUGGAUGUGGGAGGUGUGUUUGAUCCAGAGAAAAAUAGAUUUGACCAUCACCAGAGGAGUUUCAAGGAAACAAUGAACAGUUUAAAUCCAAAGAAACGUUGGAACACCAAACUCAGCAGUGCUGGACUUGUAUACCUACACUUCGGACGUCAGGUGUUAAAACAGAUUCUGGAGUUGGCUAAUGAUGAUCCAGUUCUGGACAUUAUUUAUGACAAAGUCUACGAAAACUUUGUGGAGGAGAUUGAUGCUGUCGACAAUGGUAUUAACCAGUAUGAUGGAGAUGCCAGGUAUCAAAUAAGUACAACCAUCGGCAAUCGUGUUCGACAUCUAAACCCAAACUGGAAUGAGGAAGCUAAUGAAGAGGCCCAGUUCAAUAAAGCCUAUGACAUGGUAGGAGCUGAGUUUCUGGAUAGAGUUCUGUAUUAUAAGAAGUCCUGGAUCCCUGCUCGAGAACUUGUGGAACAGGCCAUCAAAGAAAGAACAGCGGUUGAUCCGAGUGGGGAAAUCGUGGUCCUGAAGUCUGGUGGUUGUCCCUGGAAGGACCAUCUGUUUAACAUAGAGGAGGAAAUGUGUCUGUCUGCAAAACUCAAGUAUGUCCUGUACACGGACAGCAGUCAGAAGUGGAGGAUACAGUGUGUUCCACUCAAAAUAGGCUCCUUUGAAAACAGACUUUCUUUGCCAGAAGAAUGGCGUGGAGUUCGGGAUGCCGAGUUGACGGAGAAGUCUGGGAUCCCUGGCUGUAUAUUUGUACAUGCCGGAGGAUUUAUAGGAGGGAAUGAAACUUACGAUGGUGCACUGGAAAUGGCCAGAAGGAGUCUCAAACAGCAAAAUGAAAACGGUUCCUAAACUCCAAACAAGAAGAGAUGUAUAACAUAAGAUAUUUACUCUACAAGAUGUGACCAAACUGUGUCCUGAAAUAGUAUCUCCAACACCAGAAGAUAGUCACAGUGAUAAAAAGAUGAUGAUCAGGAAAAGAAAUCUCAAAAUUAAAACAAUGUAAAGACUGUUGGGUCAGGAAGCAGAAUUCUGUGUUGAAACAAAUAUUGCAUUUAUUGUACUAGAACUGUUGAUAUUAAAGGUAACCAUUACAAGCCUGUAACUUGUGACCGGUUCUAUAUUCUUUAGGUCCUGUGUACAGGCAGGCCUCUUACACAUCAUAUUCGAACUCAAUUUCAUAUCUAUAUACCUUUGUUUUGCAUCAAUAAAUGAAAAUGUAUGAAUUAU